AUGAAAGCAACACUAGGAAUGGGAGCAGGUGCUUGUGGAGCAUUGGUGGGGACGCCAGCAGAUUUGGCUCUCAUUCGUAUGACAGGUAUAUUUUGCCACUUCUGUGCUUCGAUGCUUAGCGGUCUCGCAACUACCAUAGCAUCUAUGCCUGUUGACAUCUUGAAAACACGAAUUCAAGCAAUGAAGAUCAUUGAUGGAGUACCGGAAUAUUCUGGCAUAAUCGACGUAUUGAUAAAGAUAUUAAAGAAAGAAGGAGUGUUUGCUUUUUGGAAGGGGUUCACUCCUUAUUACAUGAGGCUUGGACCCCAUACUGUGCUCACCUUCAUCUUCUUGGAGCAAUUUAAUCGCGCUUAUAUCCGAGCUUUCCAUCCAGAAUCCACACCACAGCCACAGAAGCCUAAUCAGCCAGAGAAGCCCAAAUGA